CAAAUCAACUGGGGAGAGUGCCCUCAGCUAGAACCAACACAAGAGGAGAAGUCAAAAAAGCAAACGGUGAUUGCUAACUGUCUGAAGGAGAAUCCUCCACCGAAGCCUGAAGAUGAGCCUAGUCCAGAAGUGUUGGAAAAACAUCAUGCCGAUAUCACCACGUGUGCUCUGAAAACGGAAGGAUGGUUUGAUGACAACAAUAAAUACAAGUUUGACAGAGCCAAGACUGAGAUCGAGCAGAAGGCACUGAAUCCUGAGAUCACGGAAAAAAUUAAAGGAAAACAUGAAGAAUGUAAAGGCGAAGCUGAGGAAAGAUUCGCUGACGAUUUUAUUUCUCAGGUCAAACUCUACCAGGCCUGUAUGGAUCAGAACAUCUCCACGAUUUGUGGUAUCCAAAUCGUUGCUCCUCCUCAAGCUUAAGGUUCGGACAAUGUAUGGCCUCGAAGUUGAGAAUUCCUCCAGGCUAUCAAGCUAGUAAUUGGGAAGAGAGAGACAGAGUAUACGAUCGUCUUGAACCUUUUGUAAAUGUCUGUGUAUUUUAUUAGUUGCCUGAGGAUUCUUCAAGGUUUAUUUCUGCCCCUUUGUUUAAUAAACUCGUAUUUCUUUCA